AUGCGCUGGUCAGAAGCAGAACGAGAGUGUGCGAUCAUGGGCGGUCACCUCGCUUCCAUAAUUGACGAAUAUGAGAACGUGUUUGCAUUCACCUGGAGUGGGUGUCUGAAACAUUGUUUAUUGCGCAGAGCCAUGCAGCAGAAUGAUGGUCCGAAAUUUUCAGAUGUGGCGAAGCAAGCGAACUUAUCGACGCCCACUCUGUGGCUAGGCAGGCUGGUUAAGCUAACUAGAACCGGUGCCUACGAAUGGAACGAUGGAUCCGUGGGCAGGCACCUGGACGGAUUCAGAGGUGAACCACCGUCAGGAACAGAUUUAUGCCUGACGAUGUGGCUCGAUUUCGAUCGUCCGGAAGGAUCUUGGAAUGAAUGGGACUGCAACUAUGCAACCGGAUAUUCGGCCCUCUGCAAACGUUCACUGAAAAGAGGUGCAUUGUCUGUAACCACCGGUAAUGUUUUCGGAUUUGCUUAG